CUAGCUGUAGAGAUUUUGAAGAUAAGGUCUCUUAUGCUAUUAUUGUCUUUGUUUUGGCUUUCAGCUUAUUUUCUUCUACUUCUUCUUAGUUUCCACUGAAAUUUUGUAUUGAGAGGUUCAAGAGUGAAACUUUCUUUAGAUUCCCGCAGCAAUGUUACCGUCUGUAGCAUUAUCCCUCAACUCCUGCUCUGGAUUUCCAGCAGCACCAAGCCAUCACCAAGCUGAAAAAGUUAGUGGGAGUCUCCUCCUUGGUUCCAUCAAAUUCCCAUCUAAUAGUAGUUGCAGCUUCAAUGGAUUAUCAGCAAAUCCUUUAAUUCUCUCCACUACCAGAAAAGUCACUUCUCUAGCUGUUGCUUCCAAUCAGCUGGACCCUGCUGUUAAGGUGGAAGGAGGGAAGAAGAUGUACUAUUUUCUGGUAGCGAAUGCUAAAUUCAUGCUGGAUGAAGAAGAGCAUUUUCAAGAGCAAAUGGUCGAGAGGCUUCGUCUAUUCAAAGAGCGUAACAUGGAGCAGGACUUUUGGUUAGCUAUUGAACCCAAAUUUUUGGAUAAAUUCCCACAGAUCACCAAGAGAUUAGGUCGACCUGCUGUUGCUUUGGUCUCCACUAAUGGCCCAUGGAUUACGUUUAUGAAGCUAAGACUUGAUAGAGUUUUAUCAGAAAGUUACGAAGCAGAUACUUUAGAAGAAGCAUUAGCAUCAACCCCUACUAAUUUAGAGUUCAAGAAACCUGAAAACUGGGUCGCUCCAUAUCCUAAAUAUGAGUCUGGUUGGUGGGAACCCUUCUUGUUGCAGUAAGCUGAAUCCAACAAGAACAAACCAGAGGCAUGAAAAGUCAGCUGUUAGAGUUUUCAUAAGUUUUCUUCUAGUCUGUAUGUUAAUUAGCUUCCGGCAUUAAGCUAUACCUUGUAGUUAAAUUCUGCAGAGUUCCGUUGUUUAAGUAAUAAUUUUGUUCAAUAUCAAAUGGAUAUAUGGUGUUAACAAAGAGAAUGAAACCCUUACUGAAUCAAAUGCCAUCAUAAAGUUAA